AUGUUGAGUAAACAAUUCAUUCGUGGUUUCAAAUCAUCACCAAUUGCUAAAAACUAUGCAUCAACCAUUCCAAAUUUAAAAGUUACCAAAGAUACCAAGGUUAUCUACCAAGGAUUCACCGGUAAACAAGCUACAUUCCACGCUGAGCAAGCUAUUGCUUACGGAACACAAGUUGUUGGUGGUAUAAAUCCUAAAAAGGCAGGACAAACACAUUUAGAUAGACCAGUUUUUGCUACCGUUGCUGAAGCUAUGAAGGAAGCCGGUGCUACUGCUACUGGUAUUUUCGUUCCGCCACCACUUGCUGCAGGUGCUAUUGAAGAAGCUAUCAGUGCUGAAAUCCCAUUAGCCGUUGCCAUUACUGAAGGUAUCCCACAAAAGGAUAUGGUUAGAAUUGCUCAAAUUUUAAAAACUCAAGACAAGACCAGAUUGGUUGGUCCAAACUGUCCUGGAUUGAUUGCUCCUGAACAAUGUAAGAUUGGUAUUAUGCCAUCAAACAUACACAAGAGAGGUAAAGUCGGUGUUAUUUCCAAAUCUGGUACUUUGACUUAUGAAGCCGUAGCUCAAACUACUGCCGUUGGUUUAGGUCAAUCAUUGGUUAUUGGUAUGGGUGGUGAUCCAUUCCCCGGUACCAACUUUAUCGAUGCCUUGACUUUGUACUUGAAUGAUCCAGAAACCGAAGGUAUCAUCUUGAUUGGUGAAAUUGGUGGAAGUGCUGAAGAAGAAGCUUCCGAAUUCUUGAAGCAACACAACUUGACUAGACCAGAAGGAGCCAAACCAGUUGUUGGAUUCAUUGCUGGUGUCUCUGCUCCCCCAGGUAGAAGAAUGGGCCAUGCUGGUGCUAUUGUUGCCGGUGGUAAAGGUGAUGCUAAGUCCAAGAUUGCCGCUUUGGAAUCCGCCGGUGUUGUUGUUGAAAAAUCACCAGCUAGAUUAGGACACUCCUUGUUGGCUGAAUUCAAAAACAAAAACUUAUUGUAA